AGCUGUCUUCUUUCUAUAAAAAUCCACUCAGACUUAGUGAUGGUUGCUGUCAACAAGGAGUGAGUGGUUGAAACUUCAACCCACGAACCGAAUUAUAAAUUUACAUCUCACCCGUCUUGGUGGAGCGCACAAUUGCAGCAGCCAUGGCCGCAUUCUUCCACCUUCAUCUUCUCCUCUCUGCGUUGAGCUUGGUAACGGCCCAGCAGCUGAGUGCAAACUUCUACGACAAGAGCUGCCCGGGCUUGCCUUCGCUGGCAACUAGUGUCGUGAGCAGCGCGGUAGCCAAGGAGCCUCGCAUGGCGGCCUCCCUCCUCCGCCUCCACUUCCACGAUUGCUUCGUCAAUGGCUGCGACGCAUCCUUGCUGCUGGACGACACGAGCAGUAUCACCAGCGAGAAGAACGCACUGCCAAACAGGAGAUCGGUGCGGGGAUUCGAAGUCAUCGACGACAUCAAGAGCAAGGUGGAGCAGCAGUGCAAGGGCGUCGUGUCCUGCGCCGAUAUUGUCUCCCUUGCCGCUCGAGAGGCUGUCGUUCUUUCGGGAGGACCAACAUGGACCGUUGUCUACGGUCGGAGAGACAGCACAAGCGCCAGCAUGGACACUGCAAACCAGGACUUGCCUUCCUUCUUUGACAAUGCAACGCGGCUGGUUGCCAGAUUCAAGGCCAAAGGGCUGAGUGCCAGAGACAUGGUUGCCUUGUCCGGUGGCCACACUAUCGGCCAUGCUCAGUGUGUGUUCUUCCGUGACCGUCUCUACAACUUCAGCGGUUCUGGCAGCUCCGAUCCCAUUCUCCAGCAGCACUACGUGACUGAACUGAAGCAGCAGUGCCCCUCAGCAACCCACGACCGCUCUAUCUCCGCAUUCGAUCCCACCACUCCCGCAGGAUUCGACAACAUCUACUUCAAACUCCUACAGGUGAACAAAGGCCUCUUCCGCUCCGACCAAGUCCUGUAUUCCACACCUGGAGACACGCAGGAUGCCGUCAACGCCUACAGCAGCAGCAAAGCCGCCUUCUUCAAGGACUUUGCCGAUGCAAUGGUAAAGAUGGGCAACCUCUCGCCGUUGACUGGAAGCAAAGGCCAAAUCCGAGCCAACUGCAGGCUAGUCAACAGUUAGUCCACCUGAAACACACAAAAGGAAUC